AUGAAUGGUUAUCUUUGCUGCCAAUCCACGAUGGAUGAACGAAUCGGCUCUCGCUGGGCGGUCCAAAGGUUGGUUGACUGAAGCUUGGCGCAGGCGUAGAUGCGUCGGGUCCGGCAAGUUUGCGCAGGCGCAGCUGGGUGAGGCCCGGCGGGGUUGCGCAUGCGUGGGCUGUGCGGCGGAGUGGAGCCGGUGUGUCAUGGAGGCCUACGAUGUCAUCGCCAACCAGCCCGUGGUCAUCGACAACGGCUCUGGUGUUGUCAAAGCUGGAUUUGCUGGUGAUCAGAUACCCAAAUACUGUUUCCCCAAUUAUGUUGGUCGUCCAAAGCACAUUCGGGUGAUGGCAGGAGCAUUGGAAGGUGAUCUCUUCAUUGGGCCCAAGGCUGAGGAACACCGAGGAUUGCUCUCAAUUCGUUAUCCCAUGGAACAUGGCAUUGUGCAAGACUGGAAUGAUAUGGAGAGAAUUUGGCAGUAUGUUUAUGGCAAGGACCAACUACAGACCUUCUCUGAGGAACAUCCAGUGCUCCUGACAGAAGCUCCACUAAAUCCAAGCAAAAACCGGGAACGGGCUGCGGAAGUGUUUUUUGAGUCAUUUAACGUUCCGGCGCUUUUCAUUUCAAUGCAAGCUGUUCUAAGUCUAUAUGCGACUGGUCGAACCACGGGUGUGGUGCUCGAUGCUGGCGAUGGUGUCACCCACGCUGUCCCAAUCUAUGAAGGCUUUGCCAUGCCACAUUCCAUCAUGAGGGUAGAUGUGGCAGGCAGGGAUGUGUCCCGCUACCUGCGCCUACUGCUCCGGAAAGAAGGAUAUGACUUUCACACCACUGCAGAAUUUGAGGUUGUUAAAACAAUCAAAGAGCGGGCCUGUUAUCUAUCUAUAAACCCACAGAAGGAUGAAACCCUGGAGACUGAGAAGGCGCAAUACACUCUCCCCGAUGGAAGCACCUUAGAGGUGGGACCAGCUCGAUUCCGAGCCCCUGAGUUGCUUUUCAAACCUGACCUGAAAGGAGAUGAAAGUGAGGGAAUCCAUGAGGUGCUGACCUUCGCCAUUCAGAAGUCAGACAUGGACCUCCGCAGGACAUUAUUUUGCAAUAUUGUACUCUCGGGGGGUUCCACCCUGUUUAAAGGUUUUGGUGAUCGGUUACUCAGUGAGGUUAAGAAACUUGCUCCAAAGGACGUGAAAAUAAAGAUCUCUGCACCACAAGAGAGGCUAUACUCCACGUGGAUAGGGGGCUCUAUCCUUGCCUCACUAGACACAUUCAAGAAAAUGUGGGUGUCCAAGAAAGAAUACGAGGAGGAUGGAGCACGGGCAAUCCACCGGAAGACAUUUUAAUAUUGUUGGAAGUUGGCGUGCUGCUUUGUAAGCCUCGACCUGUGUGUAUCACAUAACCAUGCAGAAUUAAUAAUGGACAAGUAAAAUGUGUAUUUUUAUGUAUAAAAGAGGGUUUGGAUGCCACUUUUCAAACGUUCUACCCCUAUCAAGAUUUGUGUAUAUUGGAUUAUACAUUCUGAUUUCAGUACUGUGGGGGUGAUCAAUGUCUGCUGGUUGGUUUAGACAUUGCUGUUUACAAAGGAAGAUAGCUGCACUCGUUCAAAGAAGAAAAUAAUGUAAUUUAAGGUGUUUGACCACGCUUCUGCUUCCCUAAUCCCACGUCUCCCACCCUCGCCUCAUUCCUACUUUAUAAAUUCAUAGGAAAUGGGAGUUGCUUGUUGCAGUGAAGGUCAUCAUAUCACGUUGGUUGGAACAGCAAGCAGAAGAAUGAAAGCUGCUGGAACCAGACUUUUGUGGUGAGUGUUCACAUCUACAGAGUGGACUCGAUGCAUCACGGUUCCUUAACCUGCAUAGUAACUAGCCCUGCAAUGUUAGCUACUGUGAGUAGCAAAUGGUUAAACUGUCAAGCACAGUAACUAGCACUUUACUUCCAGUGGUUGGGUAGUGAGGAGGUAUCUGCAUGAGAAUCACAUAUUAGCAGCAUUUUAGUCUUGCACUGAACAUAACUGAUGAAAGUGUACAUGAUAAUUGGUGAUAACUAUAUCUGUCUUCAAGUUAAAGUUAGUGGGUUAAUAUUUUCCUCUCUUCCCACCCCCUUCCCCACUUACUCCCUUCAAAAUGUACAGAAUUAUUCUGCAUUUUAUUACAACUGUUAUAUCCACCGUUAAUUCUGAAGAAACAUGUUUCCUUUUGGGGCAUUUUAAAAUUGAAUCUGCACCUCACCUGCACGUCAUGCUACUUUUCAAUGUAGUUUGUAUCUAAUUUCAGCUAGUCCAGCACAGUUCUGUGAAUUGUGUGAUGGAGCUGCUCGGAAUGAAAUGCUGCUCUGAGUUCAGUUCUGCAAUUUAACUUGAAGUUGGAGGUGUCUGGAGUUAAGUUGAGGAAUUGGUUUACAGACCUCUCGUAAAGCUUUGCCCUGUGUACUUGGGUGUGAUUUGGAAUGUGCUUCAAUCCUUUUCCCCUUUACUUGUUAAUGACCAAUUGCAGUUGAUACUUGGUGAUGGCCUGAUUGGAAGAGUAGUCUCACCCGUGUGUUACAAACCACAUACUGCACUUGAUUACCUUGGUGAAGUAUCUCAAGCCAUUUCCAAAAGAGUUGGUGUGCUAACUAAAUAUUAGUACAAACUGAUUAAUAAUGAACCAAUCUGUGUUUCGAUCACACUUUGCAAAGCCCAGAAUUUGGUUGUAACCCAUCAAGCUGCCUCUCUUAACAAGGUUUUUUAUUAUUUGGGUGAAAAUUGUCUUUUGAAGGUAAAUUUAAUUGUUUCUGUACUUUGGGCUUUUCUACCAAACCUGGAUGGAUUAUGGGUGCUGACACUUGAGUCCCCUGUCAUGUGGCUAAGCUGCCAUGAGAGUGUGAGAUGUUCUGACACUGCAAUAAGAGUACAAGAGGCAUUGCCUUACUCAUGAGACCUGAUUGCUAUAUUUUGCAUCAGUUUGAUUCUAAAGAUGAAGGUUUAGAAUCAAAAAAAAGCUCCAU